UGUUAGUUUGUUAAAGGUUCUUGAGGCGUUCGGUAAUGCAACACUUGAAAUAAGUGGCAAAAACAAGAGGCAUCAACAUGGUGAAGAAUCGUCGUUUUGAGGAAGAAAGUUCCGGAUUUGGUGUACGUCAUGUGCAAAUUUUACUGCUCUUCUGCGCCCUCGCUGUGGGUUUUGGAAUGAGGGUCAAUCUAUCUGUGGCAAUAGUAGCAAUGGCUGAGUUUCCUGAAUACAACUGGUCGGAGAAGAUAAAAUCGCUGGUGUUGAGCAGCUUCUUCUGGGGCUAUGUAUUGACUCAGUUACCUGCAGGUCCUUUGGCUCGUCGCUUUGGUGGUAAGGUCACAAUUCUGACGGGUCUGUCCGUCUGCUCGGUGUUGACGGUGCUAACACCACUCUGUGCCAAACUGGGAGGUUGGAAGCUGCUCUGUGCUGUGCGCUUGCUGGAAGGCGUGUGCCAAGGAUUCCUUUUCCCUUCCUGUCAUACUGUGAUCUCCGCUUGGGCGCCGCCUAAAGAAAGAGCAUCGAUGGGUAACUUUACAUAUGCCGGAAAUCAGUUUGGCACCAUCAUAAUGUUGGCCACAAGUGGACUUCUUGCCGCUUUCGGUGGCUGGCCAUGCAUCUAUUAUGCAUCCGGCGGAAUUGGUUGCGUUUGGGCCGUGGUCUAUUAUUUAUACGGAGCCAGUUCUCCGGCCGAGUCCAAGAGCAUAUCCGCGGAAGAGAGAGCACUUAUAGAGAUGGGACAGGCCGGCGAGAGAACUGUAGCAAGGGAGGAGGGGGAGGAGGCCCAUCAGCAGAUUACACCUUGGCUCAGUAUCAUUCGCUCUCCUGCCGUUCUGGCCCUUGUGAUAGUGCAGUCAUCUUAUGCUUAUGGCUUCUAUACCUUGCUCACUCAGAUACCCAGCUACAUGAAGAAUGUUCUGGGCAAGGAUAUCAAGUCAAAUGCGCUGCUCUCCUCGCUUCCCUACACCGCAAUGCUUCUGCUGAGCCUGGCCUUCGCCUGGAUCUCAAAGAUUUUGCAGAAGAAGGAUUCACUCUCGCUCUCAUUCAAUCGCAAGUUAUUUAAUUCCAUUGGCUUUAUCGGUCCCAUGAUUCUGUUGAUUGCUCUGGGCUAUGUGUCGAAAGAUCAGGACACCCUCGCCGUAGUCCUGCUCAUCCUAACCGUGGGCAUUAGCUCCGCCGCUCACGUGGGCUUCCUCAUCAAUCACAUUGACCUAUCUCCCAAUUUUGCGGGCAUUAUCAUGGGAAUCUGCAAUUGCAUCGCCAACUUUAUGAGUCUCGCCGCACCUCUUGUUGUGGGAGUCAUUGUCACCAAUAACAAAGAUGCAUUUCAGUGGCGCCUUGUUUUCUUUGUCGCCGCUGCCAUCUAUUUUAUUGGCAGCAGUGUUUUCUUAAUCUUCGGUCGUACCCAUGUGCAAGAUUGGAAUGAUCCACCAGCAAGGAUUUCAAGGAACCCCACGCCCCAAUUAGAGUCCCAAAAACAGUGACAGCUUAAGCCAAUUUCUCAGUUGAAUAAAUCAUCCAAACAUUAGUUAAA